AGCAGCAGCUGGACAAAGACUGGGGGUGGGCACAAGGCCAGGGAAGGAGCUCCCUCCCUUGCCAGUCCCCAGCCACCCCCAGGCUCUUCCCAGCUGUAGUAGUGCCACUCACUUGCCUAGCAGUAAGUUAAGUGUAAUUUUAAAGCAACCCUGGUGGCAGUGGCAGCUGCGGGGAAACAGCACAAGAAGAGGAAUCAGCAGGCAGCACAAAGCUCUGGCUCUUUGCUCCUGAGGAGGAGGGAGGGGGCUGGCAGCUGAAUGUGCCCCCCCCCCCCCGCCCCAUGUGACACAGAGAAAUGUUUCCCCAAGGCUUGAGCCGCUCCCCUCAAAACGCCAACGCACAUAAGGCAGUCCAAGCUGUAAUUGCACAAUCAGCCUGUCCCGUCCAAAGUUUUCUUUCUCAGAUGAACAAGGGAAGUCAGCACGUAAAGUCUUUCUUAUGUGCCUGGAAUAACAGCGCUGCACAUAGUGGCUGAUCUGUCUGCUUCCUCACUGUCACCAUGGAGGUUUUCAGCAUUCUUCUGCUGGUUUCUUUCGUGUUGUAUCUUUUCUGGAAGACCACUCGUUCCAAACAACUCCCACCAGGACCAAGGCCGCUGCCUCUGAUUGGAAACUUUUUCCAGGUUGACAUGGGUAACCCUCUGAAGGACUUGGAUAAGUUAGCGCAAACAUAUGGCCCGGUCUUCAGUUUGCAAUUGGGAGGAUUUCUUGUUGUGAUUGUUCAUGGAUUUCCACUGGUGAAAGAGGUCCUUGUUACGAAAGGAACAGAAUUUGCUGGAAGGCCACCUGACCCUGUCAAUGACGUCAUGUCUAAGAAAAAAGGCAUAUUUUCUGUGUCCUAUGGGCAAGUGUGGAAGGAACAACGAAGAUUUUCACUGAUGGUUCUCAGGAAUUUUGGACUUGGCAAGAAAGCAGUGGAGGAACGGAUCCUGGAUGAGGCUGCUUACUUAAUUCAAACCUUUGAGGAAAAUAUGAAGGAGCCUUUUGAUCCCUUCCGUUUCAUCGACAACUCAGUGACCAACAUUGUCUCCAUUCUUCUCUUGGGAAAGCGCUUUGGAUAUGAUGAUAACUACCUGAGAAACAUCUUAGACCUAGUGCAUCAGAAUAUGAUACUGGGUGGUGGAUUCUGGGCACAGCUUUACAAUGCGGUGCCAUUGGUGAGGUGGCUUCCUCUACCCCAUCGGACUAUAUUCAAGAAUUUAGACAAGAUCACUGCCUUCUUGUCAAAAGAGCUGGAAGAGCACAGAGCGACACGUGUUCCUGGAGAGCACCGUGACUACAUUGAUGCGUAUUUGGAAGAAAUGGAAAAGCCAGAGAAUAAAGGAUCAAGUUUUGAAGAAGAAGGCCUGAUUAUUAUACUGGCAGAUCUGUUUAUUGCUGGGUUGGAGACAACCUCAUCAACACUUCUGUGGGGUUUGCUCUACAUGAUGAUGUUCCCAGAGGUUCAAGAGAAAUGUCAAGAGGAACUCCAUGCUGUUUUCGGAAAUAAUCCGUGCAUCGAGUACAAAGAUCGGGACAAGCUUCCAUACAUAAAUGCUGUGAUUCAUGAGACCCAGCGCUUUGCAAAUGUGGUACCCCUCGGAGUCCCUCAUGCGCCUAUCAAAGACGUGCAGCUUUUGGGUUAUACAAUCCCCAAGGAAACCACAGUUAUAACCAACCUCACUUCUGUACACCAUGAUGAGUCUCAGUGGAAGUACCCGCAUGAAUUCAACCCUUCCAACUUCCUGAAUGAGAAAGGAGAGUUUGUGCAGCCCGAAGCCUUUCUAGCUUUCUCAGCAGGUCCACGGGUAUGCUUAGGGAUGAACCUGGCUCGUAUGGAACUGUUCCUCUUCUUCACCAGCAUCCUGAGAAACUUCCAGGUGGUGUGGCCAGAUGAAUCAAAGGCGCCAGACCUGACCCCCCAGUUUGGGAUCACCUUGGCUCCAGGACCUUUCAAAGUGGCACUGAAAUGUCGCCGGGAAACAUGAACUUUGCUAAGUGGGGUUUGGAUUAUUUAGGACCUCUGUAGCAAGUUGGUUGACUCAAAGCUGAGUGUGUGUCAGGUUCUACUAGAGCACCAUUAACUCAAGUUAUAAAAGCAGACAGCUAUGUGUAUACAAUUCUAGUAUCUUGCAUGCUUUCCAUUUUUGUAUUCUAUUUGGUUUUAAAUGGGCAAUGUUUAUAUUUUGAUAGAUAAAUGUAGUGUCUUCAUGUAGGGCCUGGACAUCUCCCAGAAUUAGUACUGGUCUCCAGACAAUAGAGAUCUGUCCCCCUGGAAAAAAAAGGCUGCUUUGAAGUGUAAGGCUUUAUUCCCCAUUGAAACCACUUCCUUUCUGUCAAGAGAGUAGCCAUCUUGGAGGCUACUCUUUCUCUUUCUGUCAAGAGAGUAGCCAUCUUGGAGGAAUUUUCCUGCCUUUGCUGGAGUGGAAUACCUUUCACCCCUUCCCCCACAACUGUCAAGGACCAAUCUCAAGGACCAGUUCUCAAGCUAGCUUAACUUGAACAUUUAUUUGACAGGGAUAUUUGUAUUACCGUGUUUCCCCGAAUAUAAGACAGUGUCCCCGAAUAUAAGACAGUGUCUUAUAUUAAUUUUUGGUCCCAAAGAUGCGCUACAUCUUAUUUUCAGGGUAUGUCUUAUUUUUCUGUGUUCUG